AUGGAAUACGAUGAUGAAAUUUUAGAAAUAAGCAAGGUACUUGCAUUACCAAACAUAUUUCAAGUAGCUGAUAGUGUUGCUGAUUGUAUCAUUGAGAAAACACAAGAACACAAAAGGAAAAGACAGGAAGAAGAAAGAGACAUAAUAACAGAUCAUAAGGUUUUCAAAAUUGAAAAAGGACAGAUUUACAAGGACAAAUCUGAACCAAGAGAGUAUGUGGUGACUUGUGUGGAUGAGAACUGUAACUGGUUUCUGAGAGCUUCAAAGCUCAAGAGUACCUCAACAUUCAAAGUAAGAAAAUAUGUCCAAGAUCACAAUUGCUCACUGAAUAUUGUAAUGGGAGACCACAAGCAGGCAAACUGCAACAUGAUUGCAGAAAUGAUAAAAAAGAAAUUUAUGUCAAUCAAAAGAAAUCACAGACCAAAUGACAUUAUGAUAGACAUGAUUGAUGAUUUUGGAGUGUCAAUGAGCUACCAAAAAGCAUGGAGAGCAAGAGAAAAAGCUUUGGAGUUAGCAAAAGGAAGGCAAGAUGAAUCUUAUCAGCAACUACCAAAAUACCUACACAUGCUAAAAGUAGUAAAUCCUGGAACAAUUGCACAAUUGGAAACGGAUAAGAAGGAUCGUUUCAAAUAUUUGUAUCUAGCAUUUGAAAACUCCAUAGAAGGUUGGAAACAUUGCAGGCCAGUCAUUGUAACCAACGAAAUAUUUUUAAAAACAUCAUUUGGAGGAACUCUAUUCACAUCUUCUACGAUGGAUGGAAACUUUUAG